AUGUAUCCAGGUCCUUUCAAACCAGUACCUAUGAGCUUCCAAUAUCCUGGACAGCAGCAACCACAGCAAGCACCCUCAUCCCUAUAUCAAUCAGCUUAUGGAGCCUAUAAUGCAUUUGUUGCUCCAGUACGUGAACGAUCUGUACCAGCAUCUGCUCGACCCAACCAAUCAGCCAAUGGUCCAUAUACAGCCACUCCGACUCGACGUCAUUCAAAACACGGCCGACAACCACCUUGUCAGCAUGAGUAUUGUACUAAUCACGAUUUAAAAUCUAAGCGGCAUCAACGUCGCGUGUGCAUCUCUCCAAACGGCGCAAUGGAUCAAAGUUUGUAUUCGGAUGACAUGAAAACAUCAGACGAUUUGAAUCGAAGUCCAACACCUCCAUCGAAAACUCGCUUAAAACCGGAUGAUGCGAACAUCAACGAUCAUGAUUCGAAAGUCCAUGGUUACAAACCAAUGAACAGCGAAAUGCCGCAAGGUAUAGACGAAACACAAAAUCUACAUGACUAUAAUAAACGCAAAUCACGUUCAAAACGUCGGGGACAUCACCGCCAUCAACAUCCUCAAGGACCAUCCAGUUCGCAGAAACGGGUUCAUAUACAACCCCUCUACAAUAGUCACUAUCAAAGUCAUGAAGAUUCUUCUCGACGUGAUGAUCCCUAUGGUAAAUCAAGUAAGCGGCCAUCGCGAAUCCAUCCUGACGAUAAUCAUCAAAUGCCUGUUGGUCAUGGCGAUCGGCCGUAUUCUAGCGCGUAUGCACCUUAUAGUCCUUAUCAGGCACCUAACUACUAUUCAUCUGGGACGCAUUGUCAUCCCCAAGCGCCUCAUGCACAACGCUCGAAUACCAAUGGUGUUAAUAGUGCAUUUGAACGUGAAAUUCACCGUUUACGUGCGCAUAUUCAUGCAUUAGAAGAUGAAUUGCACAAUUUACAAAAGAAGAUUCAUAAAUCUACGUUACAUCACGUUGAAACGUCGACGCAAGAUGAUUUUAAUUUGAAAAAGCAUCGUUCAAAACGUCAUGUGAAUCGUUCACCACGUCAAACGCCCGUUAUCGUUGAAAUAAAUAAUGUUCACGGUGAACAUGCUCGUGAUCUAUCACCAAAAAAACAACCACCACCACCACCACAACAACAGCAGCAGCAGCAACAACAACAACAGCAGCAACAGCAACAGCAACAACGCCAUCCACGAUCAAGUAGUCACGCUAAUUCUCAACAAGGUCGCUCUAAUAUUCAUCCAUCACAUCAGCGUCAAUCAAGUAAAACUUCUGAACGACAAACGAAGGUAUUCAAUCCUAAAGCACCAAGUCAAAGUCCGAAACCGGCAGAACCGAAUCCAUGCGAAUGUUCAUGUGCGAUUCUCGAUCAAAUUUCUGAACAAGAAGUAAAACCUGUUCCAAUUCAAGUUGCUAAACAACCACGCGAAGAUACAGCUGCUCAAUUAGCACAAUUAGCUCAUGCCGCAGCAGCUCGAGUGCAAGCUCGCCAACACGUUCCACCGCCUCCACCUACUCAACAAUUCUUCACUCAUAACCAAGAGUCAGCUUCAGGUCAUCAAAUUCGUGAACUAAAUGGACCACAUCCAGCUCCAGGGAAUUAUUCUGAGCUAAAUACCAAUCAAUCAAAUAAUAACGAUCUCUAUAAUAAUAAUGUUAGCGACCGAAAUAACCGCUCAGCCGAAAAAAUUCUCGAUGCAUUCGAACGUUUCUAUAAAAACAUCGGUCGAUCAUCGACAACUCCUGUCAAAGUUAAAUACAUUCCUGGAGAGGCCGGUUGCAAUCAUUGUCAGCAACGUAAUAUCAACAACAAUACUAACGCAUGUGCAGCACCUACUGAACUAAGUCCAACUUGUACCUCAUCAGAUUCAUCAAGUUCCGAUGAAAUUAUGAUUCAGGAGUGUCAACAAAAAACGACAUAUGCAUAUACUUAA